AUGGAAACCAUAAAUCCUGACUCCGAACUAGACGAAACAUGUAAUGUAAACGGUGACUGCACACUGCUUAUGAAAAAUCAAUCCAUGGACUUGAAUCAUGCCAAAAACAUCGAUGACAUAUCUACGCCUUCCGAGUUAAAAUUCGACGAAGAUUUUGAAUUCGAAGAUCCCGAUGUGACUGCAAAACGAAAGGAAAUAGAAAAAUGCCUGGAAAACCCUAACUUAGUAAAUCUAGAACAGUGGCAAAGUUUUGCAAAAAGUAAAGGAGGCUUAAUAGCAGAUGAAUAUAGAAGAAGAAUCUGGCCUAUGCUGGUGGGUGUUACACAAGAUGAGAUGACGGAUCCUCCAUCACUAGAUGAAUUAUCAACACACAUUGAAUAUAAUCAAGUGGAGUUAGAUGUGAAACGUUCUCUGAAACGGUUUCCUCCAGGUAUCCCCUAUGAACAGAGAGUUGCAUUGCAAGAUCAGUUGACUGUACUCAUACUUCGUGUAAUUAUAGAGUACCCACACUUAAAAUAUUAUCAGGGCUAUCAUGAUGUGGCGAUAACUCUGCUGCUGGUGUGCGGCGACCGGGCGUCGUUUCCUUUACUAUGUCGGUUAUCGUAUGGACCAAAGGCCCCCCUAGCGCCUUUCAUGCAGGCUACAAUGCAACCAACGCAACACCUCCUCAAUUACAUGUUGCCAGUUAUACGUCGUGCGGAUGAUAAGUUGGCGGAUUACCUAGAUAAGGCGGGAGUGGGCACGAUGUUCGCACUGCCGUGGUAUCUGACGUGGUUCGGGCACAGCCUGAACCGGUACUCGGACGUGGUGCGCCUGUACGACUACUUCCUGUGCGCGGCGCCGCUGUUCCCGGUGUACGUGACGGCGGCGCUGGUGCUGCAGCGCGCGCCGGAGGUGUUCGCUUGCGAAUGCGACAUGGCCAUGAUGCACUGCCUGCUCUCCAGGUUACCAGAUGACUUGCCUUUUGAAGAUAUCUUGGUGACAGCAAAAAAGCUUUAUGACGAAAACGAUCCAACCGAUUUGGAAGGUGAAGUCGCCGCUCUGGAGAGGAGAGAAGAGGAGGCGCGGCGGCUCGACGAGGAGCGGCUGCGGCAGCGGCGGGCGGUGCGCGCGGGCGGCGGGCGGGGUGCGGGGCGCGGCGCGGGGCGGGGCGGCGGGCGCGCGUGGCGCCUGCUGCCGCGCAGUCCGUUCGCGCGCGGCGCCGUGCUGGCCGCGGCCGCCGCGCUGCUCGCCGUCUACGCGUACUACCGCCCGGACCUCUUCACCAGAAAACGUGCGGACGGUGCGGAUUUUGAAGGGUUGUUAGAGUGA